AUGGAUGCUAAAGCAAGUUUCUCACCAAUUGCUUCGCCGGUUUUUGAUGGAGAUAAUUAUCAAAUUUGGGUAGUACGAAUGGAGACGUACUUGGAUACUUUAGAUCUUUGGGAAGCUGUGGAAGAGGGUUAUGAUAUUCCAUCUCUACCGCAUAAUCCCACCAUUGCUCAGAUUAAAGCAUACAAGGAAACAAAAGACAAAGAAAUAGAAGGCCAAGGCAUGUUUAUUUGCUACUGUAUCAUCAAUAUUUUUCACGCGGAUAAUGUCUCUGAAAACUCAAGAGCAAAGAAGACUCAUGAGACAAGAUGUUACAACAGAGAGGCUCUUGUCAGUAAGCACCAGGUUAACAAAAAUCAGAACAACAAAAAGAAUCAAGCAUUGAAUGAAGGAGAAACAUCAACCAACAGCAAAAGUAAGGAAGUAAAUGUGAAGAAAGGUUAUCCCCCUUGCCACCACCAUGGAAGAAAAGGUCAUCAACCAUUAAAGUAUUGGAGGAGACCUAAUACUAAAUGCAAUCAGCUCGGACCCAAAUCAGUGAUUCAUAAAAAUAAGGCCCUGCAGCAGAAAGCAAAUGCUCAAGUUGCUAAUCAAGAAGAAGAGGAUCAUCUUUUUGUUGCAACAUACUUCUCAAGUAAGAGCUCAACACAUUCUUGGGCAAUUGAUAGUGGGUUAACUAACCACAUGACUCAUGACAAGAGUCCAUUCAAGAAGUUGAAGCCCACUGAAAUUUCCAAGGUUCAAAUAAGAAAUGGAGAUCACCUUCGAGUCAAAGGAAUUGGAACCAUAGUUAUCAAGACAAGCACGGACACAGAAAAUUUUAGAGGUUUUUUAUGUUUCUGA